GCGCUAAUGGGCCGCCAUUUUGUGUUAGGCCCACUCUUCUAAAGCGGGAGAAAAUUAUUAGGCAGGCGCAUAACGCAUACGGACGUCCGCAGCGGGACUGAGGGGAUCAUCCUGGGGUGCUCGACUUCCAAGUGAAUACAACGAGGAAAAGAAGCGGUGUACAUUACAGAGUGUUGAUUGGCCCAGUCCCAUGGAGGGCGAGGUUGUUUCCAUGGAUACUGCUCAGGCUGCCAUCUUAGCCCCUGAAGGAAAGGGUCUACCAGAAAGUGGAGAAGCCUUGAUGCAGGGAACAGCAGUAACUACACAAGGAGAGGUGGCUGGUAACAUGGAAAUGAUGGUGAUGGAUGCUCUAGAUCCAACCCUGCUGCAAAUGAAGACUGAGGUGUUGGAGGGAGGUGGCACAGUGACGGUUACCAGCGGAGAUGAGGGUCAGAUCAUCACCCUCCAGGUUGUCAAUAUGGAGGAACAGGCAGGUGCUGCAUUAGGUCUUGGGCAACUUCAGCUCGUGCAAGUGCCAGUUACAGCAGGAACUGUGGAGGGACUCCAAGCCACCUAUGUUGACACAUCAGCAGCUAACAAAGAUGCUGAACCUGUUAUCUGUCACACACUUCCCUUACCCGAGGGUUUCCAGGUGGUAAAAGUGGGUGCCAAUGGAGAAGUGGAGACUGUAGAGCAAGAGGAGCUCCAGGCAGCUCAUGAGGAUCUUCAAGGGGUUGUGGCAGAGGAAGAAACAGAAGUAGGAGAGGAUAUUCCUGAGCCUGAGCAAGAAGACCCAGACUACCAGCCCAUUACCACAGUCCGUAAAACAAAGAAAGGAAAGAAGAGCCGUCUGCGUUAUGCGGAAGGGGAUCGUGACAUGGAUGUUUCUGUAUAUGACUUUGAAGAGGAGCAGCAGGAGGGGCUGUUGUCAGAGGUGAAUGCGGAGAAAGUUGUGGGUAACAUGAAACCACCCAAACCCACCAAAAUCAAGAAAAAGGGAGUGAAAAAGACGUUUCAGUGCGAGCUGUGUAGCUACACCUGCCCACGUCGCUCCAACCUGGACCGGCAUAUGAAGAGCCACACAGAUGAGAGGCCACACAAAUGUCACUUGUGUGGAAGAGCAUUUAGAACUGUCACAUUGCUGAGAAACCAUCUCAACACACAUACGGGCACACGGCCACAUAAAUGCACUGACUGCGAUAUGGCUUUUGUGACCAGUGGUGAGCUAGUGCGUCAUCGCCGCUACAAACAUACACACGAGAAACCCUUCAAAUGCUCUAUGUGUGACUAUUGCAGUGUGGAGGUGAGUAAACUGAAACGACACAUCCGCUCUCAUACUGGGGAGCGACCCUUCCAGUGCAGUCUCUGCAGUUAUGCCAGCAGAGACACAUACAAGCUGAAGAGACACAUGAGAACACACUCGGGUGAGAAGCCAUACGAGUGCUACAUCUGCCAUGCUCGCUUCACACAGAGUGGCACCAUGAAGAUGCAUAUUCUGCAGAAACACACGGAGAACGUGGCCAAGUUUCACUGCCCACACUGUGACACUGUUAUUGCUCGCAAGAGUGACCUUGGUGUGCAUCUACGGAAGCAGCACUCCUUUAUUGAAACGGGAAAGGUGUGUCGUUACUGCGAUGCUGUUUUUCAUGAACGAUACGCUCUCAUCCAACACCAGAAGUCUCACAAAAAUGAGAAACGUUUCAAGUGUGACCAGUGUGACUAUUGUUGCAGACAGGAACGUCACAUGAUCAUGCACAAGCGCACACACACAGGUGAGAAGCCAUUCGCCUGCAGCCAGUGUGACAAAACAUUUCGGCAGAAGCAGCUUCUGGACAUGCACUUCAAGCGCUACCAUGAUCCCAACUUCGUCCCCACUGCCUUUGUCUGCAACAAGUGCAGCAAGACAUUCACCCGCAGGAACACCAUGCUGCGUCAUGCUGAGAACUGCACAGGUGAAACCACAGUUGGUGAAGAAAAUGGAACUCCUAAGAAGGGCCGCCGUGGAAGGAAGAGGAAGAUGCAGUCCAGGAGAGAUGAUGAUGAUGAUGACGACACAGAGGAUGAUGAGGCAGAGGAGGAUGAGCUUCUAGCUGAGAUGGAGAUGGAACAGGCCCCAGCAGUUCUUCCUAUCCCGGCCCCCGUAGACCCACCAGUUGUCAGGAAACGUGGCCGACCUCCAAAGAACAAGCCAGACACUGCAGCCAUCAUCCGUGUGGAGGAUGAGGCUACUGGAGAGGUGGACAGCAUCAUUGUGAAGGAGGAGGUUGGAGCCGAGCAGGAAGACGAGGAUGCAGAGGAGGUGGUGGUGGUAGGAGGAAAGACCACCAUCCAGAUGGAGGAGUUGUCCCAGGUUGAAGAGGAGGCGGGACAGGAGUCUGAGGCCCCACCCAAUGGAGACCUCACCCCUGAGAUGAUCCUGAGCAUGAUGGACCGGUGAUGGGUGUGGGAUCAGACCCCAACACGGACCCUUUUACAUGUCUUCAUUUAAGUCUUGGCAUUUAGGAUUACAAACACCUGCACAGAAACAGAAAUCACUGUAAUUUAAGAUUUGCGUUUUAAUUAUGUAUUGAUACAGACUUGGAUGAAUGAAACAAAAGAUUUUUAAUAAGGAUUUACAUACCAAAAAAUGCAUUUCAGUCUAGAGUGGCUGCAAUUGAGUGCAGUAUAUUUAGCCUCCUCAUAGUUGGAUCUUCUGUUAUUUUCCCCAAAGUUGGUAUUUAUAGAUCUUUCCAUUGGGUUAGUCUUUAUCUAAAUUAUAGUAUAAAAGACCAGCUGCGUUGAAUCCAUUUGAUUCCAUUCUGAAGAGCUUCAUGUAUCUCAGUCUGGACAAAAAAGGGAAAAAUUACACAUCAGGCACGUUUCAGUUGACCUAAAUACAAAGUGGUUAAAAUAUCGACAUAAAUGUACAAGUGACUUCAUGGACACUAAGAGGCAGCUUUCAGGAGGACGGAUAACUGCCAUCCAUUACAGCCACUUAAAACUGGAUAUUUUACUAUGUUUAAUGUUUCUUUUUUUUCUGUGGUUAGUAAAUCCAUUUUAAGCUUGUACUAGCUUUUAAGAGCUUCUAGUCUGCUUCUUUUUGGCUCCUCUUUGGCUACUGUAACACCCCUAGACGAUGCAUAUAUACUAAACAUAGUCAUUGAUUAAAUGCAAGAAGAGAAUGUUCUGCUCUUUUUUUUUUUCUCUCUUUUUUUGUGUGUGUGUGUGUGUGUAGCCAUUCCACUCUGGGUUGAUGCUUUCUUUUGUACUGAUGGCAAUGCUAACGUAGCAGCUUGAAUGAUUUUUUUAAUGACUGGCAGAUUUAUGACUACGACAGAUUUUAAGAGAUUGUAGUUUUAGGUUUCUGUAACUGUAAUAACUCAUGCAGUACUUGAUUACAAAAGUUUAAAACUACAGUCUGGUUUGGAAAAUGGCAGUUUUGGUAAAAAAUUAUGGCAUGAAUAAAGCAUUGUCUAUCAAAAUUUGGCUGAUGUGCUAACACAGAACACACUCCUUGUAUUUUGCUUGCAAAUAUAUUUUAUUAAAUGGAGGACUUGAUAUUAAA